AUGGACAACAUUUUUAACGCGGACGAAACGGGAAUUUUCUAUAAGAUGCUGCCUGACAAAACACAUAAGAUCAAAGGUGAAACAUGCAGUGGUGGAAAAAUGUCUAAAGAAAGAAUAACUGCCAUGAUUUGUGCCAAUGCAUCGGGCACGGUAACACAGAAAUUAUUGGUUAUUGGAAAAUAUAACAAUCCUAGAUGCUUUAAAAACGUUAAAACGUUGCCGGUAGAUUAUUGUGCUAACAACAAAUCCUGGAUGACUUCUCAGACCUUUACUGACUAUUUAAAGAAAUGGGAUUGUGAACUUAUAAAAGCCAAAACUAAAAUUUUGCUAUUACUGAAUGCGUAUUACCUCAGAAAUAUUGUGCUAAAUUUCCAAAUCGGUAGGAGCAAAGUGGACUAA